UUCCCCUGUUGGUCCGGUCAAAGAUCUGUCACCCGGCGACACCUGUUGUCACACAGCCCCUGAGCUGAGAGCUGAGAAGUACGUCUGCUGUCACCUGCUUCAAAGAAGACAAGUGCAUCAUCUCUCCUGACGCGUCCUCCGAAGUCUUUACGCGGCGAGACUCUUGUCUGCUUUUGCUUCUUCACGCGUCUGUUUGCAGAUGCGCGUUUUCACACUCGUUUUAUAAUUUCGCUGUCUCCUCCCCGUCAGCGUGAAAACGCUCCACGAUCACCACCCGCCCCCCACGCCCUUGGCGGCGCACCAUGCCACGCGCAACCAGUGUGGGAUCACCGCUGCCCCCAGUGUAGGCUGCUCGGCGCUAUAUUAGCGGCGGCAAGGAGCGCAAAACCAGCAGACAGGACGCACAGGCGGAGAUAGCAACAGCGAACCCAGCUCAAGCUAGCUCUUCCUCGGCUUAGGUAGAAAUGGACACUCGCUCUUCAGCACGGAGGCGCUCUGGAUUUCCAACUUUCAGAGGCUCUCUGGUCUUCUGGCUCAUCCUCUGGAUGAUCUUUUCAAAGCCGUGUUCAGUCUCCUCUUGCCCACGCCUGUGCAUCUGUUACCCGGCACCCAUGACAGUCAGCUGUCAGUCCCAGAACUUCUCGAACGUGCCAGCCGGCAUCCCUUACGACAGCCAGAGGGUGUUCCUGCAGAAUAACCGCAUCACGGAGCUGCGAGCCGAGUCCUUCGGGUUUGGGACACAGGUGCUAUGGCUGUAUUCCAACAAUAUCACUUUCAUUGAGCCUGGUGCCUUUAGUGACCUACGUGACUUGGAAGAGUUGGACAUUGGAGACAAUCGGAAUCUCCGCUCUCUGAACCCAGAUAUCUUCAGAGGACUGGACAAACUACAGAGUCUGCACAUGUACCGCUGCCAGCUGGGCUCAUUGCCUGGGACUAUUUUCCAGAAACUCUAUAGUCUUCAGUUCCUUUACCUUCAAGACAAUAAUCUGCACUACCUGCAGGAUGACCUGUUUGCAGAUCUGGUCAACCUUACACAUCUGUUCCUUCAUGGCAACCGAAUACGUGUCCUUUCUGAGAAUGUCUUCCGUGGGCUGGUAAACCUUGAUCGCCUUCUUCUGCAUGAAAAUCGAAUCCGUCAGGUCAGCCGAAAGGCAUUUCGGGACCUUGGUCGGCUCACUAUUCUCUUCCUCUUUAAUAACACUUUGUCGGAGCUUCCUGGACCUGCACUCAAUGACCUUCCCUCUUUGCAGUUCCUUCGUCUCAAUGGCAAUCCCUGGUCCUGUGGAUGUGAGGCUCGCCCUCUUUGGGAAUGGUUCAGAAAAGUUAGGGUUUCAAGUUCUGAAUUGGUUUGCUCAACUCCUGAGGAUAAAAAAGGCCUAGACCUGCGGUUCUUGAGAGAGAUCGAUUUUGCUCCCUGCCCGCUCCCUGAUCUUGGCCUGGGCAAAACGACAUCCACAUUCAGCACCAAAACAAGGUGGUGGUUCCCUAAAUCCCUUAAUGGAAAUGAGCAGCUUAAAGGCAUCCAUGGUAGCAAGAAAAAGGGAAGUAUUUCUUCCUGGGAUGAGGCCAAACCCCAGCCAUCAUCAUUUUACAACAAAUCCCCCAAGAUCUACAGCCCCAAGGAUGCAGAGGAGUCUCUUCCCAAGAUUGAUACAGAAGAAUAUUGGGCUAACUACGAAAAUGAAGAUGCUACCAUUCGCUGCUUUGAGGAGGACUGCCAAAAUGAAGGAUCAUUCCGGAACACUGGAGUACGAACAGGAGUACCCGAUCUCUACAAGCUGGCACUAUCUUUAACAGUUGUGAUGUUUUUUGGCCGAUUGUAGCAAAGUAACAUUCCCAUAAGAACAAAUUGAACUCUGUUUUUUCCUGCAGCUGGUGCUAAUUCAAAUUUCAAGCACACAAGAAAAAAAAAUUCUGACACCAAUUCCCCAAAACCUUUUGCAUCUGCGGUGACUUUCAACAACUUCAAGUGAUGUAGGGAUUUCAGUCCAUAUCAGUUAUAGACUAACUAUCAAGUAUGGUGCAGUGUGUACUAUGGAGGAUCACUUUUAUGAUAAAGUGAUGAGCUGAUUCUGUGUGACCAAGCUGUUAAUUUUAAUGAACUGUUCUACUGUAGAGAGUGCACAGCAUUUUCAACCUGUAAUUCAAUAGAGAAAUCAGUCUACACUAGAAAUAGGACAGAAAGUGGAAGGUCAACCAUUGAUUAAUCAAUGAUGGUGGCAACGUCAGGUCUGUGCUUUUUAACUGUGUUAGUAUAAAGCCGUGGUUCUCAAUCUGUGGGGCGGGCCCCCCUAGGGGGUGCAAAGUAACAAAAAGAGGGGUGCAAAGAUGUGAAAAAAGAAAACAAGAAUCAAAAAUUUGAAAAAUACAUCUAUUGAAACCAAAGCAAAUUAACUUAAACUACAUUCUGAUACUAGAAAAAUAAAUAGAGAGUUAGAUAAAUGUCGAUAAAAGUUAAGUAGGUAUAAUAAAAUAUGCAUCUAUAAUAUAUCAUUAAUUAAAAAAGAACAAAUUGGUAUUAGUGGGCUCCUUUCAAAAAAAACGUUAGGGGGGCACGAUUAAAACUGUUAUGAAAACUUGGGUCACAAAUACUUAAAGGUUGAGAAACGCUGGUAUAAAGCUUCCUCAAUUCAUUAGCUGAGGCGUUCACAGAAUUUAGGAAGGAGGAGCCCAUCCAUAUUUGGAGAUGCCAGACUAUGCCAGGAACACCUUACUGAUACUCCUAAAUGUUAGGAAGGCAGGGUCUUCAGCAUCUUGAAGACCUUAAUAGAGGAAAGUUAGGGAGUGUAGAGGGUGAAACAAUAAAUCCUGACAGAAAUGAGGUUUUGGAAACACAAUGGCCUUGUUUCUGCUACUGCAAUGUACAAAACAAUUAGAAUGGGUAACAAUAAGAAGAAGACACUCUUUGUUUUAUUGUUACUAGUAUGGUGUUUAUUUUACUGUAAUUAAAAAAAAAAGAACCUUUACAAAGUUUUUUUUGUUGAAGGUAGCAAAUUAUUUUAUGUCUGUCUGUUGUUUUCUUCUUUUCCUGAUUUUUUUUGGAAUGUUAUUAAAUAACAGUAUACAUAAAUGGUGUUAAAGAAUGCUAUUUUUGUUGAACCUAAUUCAUUAUGAGAUGUUACUUUUUUCCCUGGAUUUUCUUUGAAAUAAAAUUGUAGUCUUGUUGAGA